AUGAAGGUGAAUGCUAUAGAAGCUGAGCUCGAUGAGCAGGGAAUUAUUGUACAAUAUCAGAGAAUACCUCGAGAAGAGAAUGAAGAAGCAGACCUGCUCAACCGCUUUUCUGAAGAAGAGUUAGAACAACUUUCAAAUGAAGUAUUUAGGAUAUCGAGGGUGCUUAUAUUAGACAAUGGCAAGCAGUUCAACUACAAGACCUUCAAAGAUUUCACAAGGAACAUGGGCAUCUGGCACAAGUUCUCUUCGGUAGCCCACCUUCAAACUAAUGGCUGGAUGGAGGUCACGAAUCGAGCUAUCCUUCAAGGAUUAGAAAAUCGACUAGAUGGGGUCAAGAAGAAUUGGGCAGCCGAACUCAAUAGCAUCUUAUGGGCAUUUAGGACUACCCCUCAGACACCAACGAAGGAGACACCGUUCGCACUAGCAUUUGGCACAGAGACAGUAGUCCCCAUCGAGCUGCAAAUUCCUUCUCACUGUGUCCAGUUCAACAAUGAAGACACCAACGAUGACAAGUUGAGAAGCAAUUUGGAUGCCCUAGAGGAAAUCAAAGAAGAGGCCCAAGUCCACACAGCCGCUUACCAGCAAAAGGCAACUCGCUAUUAUAAUCAGAAGGUCAAGGAAAGGAGUCGGAAGGAGGGGGACCUAGCUCUGAGAAAAUUAGAAGCCACAGGAAAAAGAGCAACAGUGGAGAAAGUAGCACUGACCUGGGAGGGCUCCUUCAGAAUAACUAAAGUUGUCAAGCCUGGAGUAUAUCAGAUUGAAGACCUACAAGGGUACCCGAAACAGCACGCUUGGAAUAUCCAACAUCUGAAGAGGUACUUUCCUUAA